UUAUUUUAGUCAGUCAGAAAUUUUCGCGGCGCGUGCACACGUCCGCCGAAAACAAGCGAAAAACGGUCUUAAUCCAAAGUAAUUAGAUUCAAAAUAUUAAUUAAUGUAGUGCUUUUAAAUGUCGAAUACUUAGGAAGUGUUUUUUAAUUGGUAGAUUUUGACAAGUGACGACGGGCCGCCAUCUUGGUUUUUUUCUCAGUCGCUUCCAGACAUUCGAACAGUGUUAAGUGAAAGUGUAAAAUGAUGACAAUCAGCGAGAACCAGUAUUCCUCCAACAAAAUGUCCAGUUUCUACUCCGUCAACGACCGGGUAGUCCACCGAGACAGCUAUAAUGAUGUGAACAGCAGUUCCAGUGUCAACAGCGCGCUGGUAACCAAGCGCGGCUUCAAGCCUUCGGACAUGUAUGACCCUCAGAAACGGGAGUUCCUGACGAAACUCAGUUAUAAGUUAUUCCCUGUAAGUUUGAAUGAUGGAGAAUACGCCCGGAGCGACACAGUCGCCAUUUUACCCUCCAUGGACCAAGACAUAGAAAAUCUGGAGAACGCCCCGAUGCUGAGCAAGCAGGUGGACCUGAACAAGAUCUUCACGCCGGCGCCUGAUGCUGAGGAACACCUCAUCAAGAAGGAUCGGAAGUUUGAGAAAACCUUCGCCUCGUCAGCGUUCUACGUGCCCGGAGUCCACCCCACGGUCAAAGAGCAGAUGGACUUGGCCAGAGCAAUCUCGAGGAGUCUGAGCGACCAGAGCAACCACAUGAGCCGGGGGCAGAGCAUGUAUGUGAACCGGAAGAAGCGAUCCGUCAAAUGGGUGCAUGAGGGCAGAGGUCGCAACACAACGAAUCUUUCCACCACACCAACGCCGGUCCCCACACACGACACACCUUACCGCCCGCCAUCUAGUCUCCGCAACCAGAAGACCUACCCAAAAUCUGCACUAAAGCACCCGUUACCUAAAAUGGAGCCGUUCCCAGUCUCUCCGCCAACAAUUAUUGUGCAAAACCAGGAGGUCCCUAUUCCUAUGGCUCCGACGAAGUUGAAUGAUGUGUACGCGGCGCCUGUGAGUCCUCGUCUGCCGUUGGUGUCAGGACCGAAUUUCAAUGUGGCGCCGCGCGGGUGGGGAGAGAUGAGGGAUUACUACAGACCUGUUGCGCUAGAUGUCGCUGGUGCGGCUCCGCGUUAUUCUGAUUUUUAGGUAGCUCUGGCCGCGUAGCCACCAUGCCAAUCGCUAACGCUUCGUAGCGAUCGAAACGCAACUGUUACUGUCGCACUAAUAUGGAAGAGUGAUAGAGAGACAUAAUGCUUUUCGUUGUCGAAGCGAUAGCGAUUGUAACCUUGGCUAGGCCGGCUGGCUGCGUAGCCAACAUGCCAAUCGCUAACGCUUCGUAGCGAUCGAAACGCAACUGUUACUGUCGAACUAAUUUGGAAGAGUGAUAGAGAGACACAAAGCGUUUCGUUGUCGAAGCGAUAGCGAUUGUAACCUUGGCUAGGCCGGCUGUUUAUAUUAAACUUAGAGUCGGUUUAAGCUAACAUGAUGACAUUGGCACACUAUUGCAAAUGCAAUGCAGAGUUGGCUUGGUCUGGCUCUAUCUUCUUUAUUUUCUAGAUACUUUGGCGAAUUUACUACCCGAUUAUUACUAGAAUGACACAUUGGUUAAGAUUGGGGUAAUCGAGUUGUCAUUUUUUGUAUCCAGUCUAAAUAA